UCGUCGCGUUUUGCUCUGUACGAAUCAAAAACCUAAAUUUUCAAAAGCCAAUUUUUUGCUUUAGAUCUUAGUUUGAUAAAAAAAUUAGGUUCUAUCACGAAUUUGGCAAGUUCUAUUUGACUCCGAUCCAAUCGUUUCACAGUUGUUCAUCCUCAUUGAAUCUUAUAAUCGUUUUAUGUUAUUGCAUGUUUUAUAGCACUGCUUCUCGAAACAAGAGUAGACACGUAAUAAUGGACUCGAGAAAAAAGGUGGCUGAGGAAAAGAAUGUUUCGAGUAAAGGUUAAUACUAUUACUACUCUUUGCUGAAAUUUCCUGGAUAUUGUUUGUGUUCACUAUAAAUUUUUCAAUCUUUUUUGUUUGUGUGGCCUUUGUUUAACGAUGUCAGGGAUUCAAAAGAAAGUGAAGAACACUAUGUCCAUAGCAUCUAAAAGAUAUAACAUUGAUAGUUAUGUCUUACUAGACCUUGAUAAUGUAUUAGAUGAUGUCUACUGCUCUUUUCGACCGGUUUCUGCUGAUUACGAUACUAGGAAGGAAUUGGUGAAAAACCUCAAUGCUAUGGCUAUAGAUAUUUUUGAAGAGAGCAGACCGGUCCUUGAGGCAUAUGGGUCUUUCGUGAUGGAUACGUUUUCCCCGCAAAGGGAUUUGGAUGUAUCUAUUAACUUUGGUAGUGGAACAUCUGAACUUUCUCGUGUAAAGAAGCUCGAAAUUCUUGAAAGAUUUGCAACGAAGCUCCGCUCUUUGGAGGGGCAAGUGUUUGUUAGGAAUGUUGUACCUAUCUUCAAUGCUAGGGUGCCAAUUGUCAAAUUCUGUGAUCAAAGGACUGGUAUUGAAUGUGAUUUGGCUGUCGAAAGCAAAGACGGCAUUUUAGUUUCCAAGAUCAUUCGUAUUAUAUCUCAAAUUGAUGAUAGGUUUCAGAAACUUUGCUUGUUGCACUGUCAAUUGUUUAGUACUAAUGUGACUAUUGUCAUAUGUCAGAUUAAGCAUUGGGCCAAAGCACAUGGGGUUAAUAGUGCGUCACAACAUACCCUGAAUUCGAUUAUAACACUGCUCGUCGCUCAUCAUUUACAGACUCAAAGUCCUCCAAUUUUACCUCCAUUCUCUACACUAUUUAAAGAUGGAAUCGACCCUCCUAACGUUGAGAAAAGAACGCAAAAUUUCUUAAAUUGGGGACAGUGUAAUCAAGAAUCUCUUGGUAAACUGUUUGCAACUUUUUUUAUUAAGUUGCAAUCUGUAGAAUUCCUUUGGAGGCAAGGGCUUUGCGCCAGUGUGUUGAAUGGUCUUUGGAUAUCCAAAAAGAAGAAAUGGGAUGUUAUUAGUGUUGAGGAUUUUACAGACGUGUCUAAAAUUUUUGCAAGGGUGGUUAGUGACAAAGGAGCCGAAAAGAUAUACAGCUCCAUAAACAAAACCGUAGAUGACAUCUUUGAAUUCCUCAAUGGCAAGUUCGCUGGAGAACAUCUCACACAAAAGUUGUUUAGCCAACAAGCUGUUGUGGAGCCUUCUCCUCCUGUGUCGCCACAACAACCUCAUAACAAAAGAGUCUGCUUGGAAAACGGAUACAAAGCUGUAAGAGGAACCGGUAACGGGAGAGAGGAGAUAUACGAAAAUCCUAGAGGAAAACGAAAGACGUAUGCUGGAAGAAACGGGAGCUGUAGGUUUAGUGGUGGUGAAGAACCAAUGCCUGUGGGUUUGUGGCAUGACUACAGUCGAAGUCUUGAUAUGCCAACACCACCACCACAUUAUGAUAGACUUCUUUAUAAGAAGUUUGGUCUUUACUAAUAGGGUUAUAUAAUAGCUCAGUUUAUGUAACUUUUGUCUUAAGAUAACUUAAAUUUUAUUAUUUUAUCUGAUCAUAGACGUUAUAUGAUAAUGAUUCGAUUAAUACAAAA